AUGAAUACUCAACAACAACAACAACACCACCAUAAACUUCAAGAUGACGAAGAAGAUCUGUCAGAUUCUGACGAGAAUAUUAUUCAACAACAUAAACAACAAUCCGCACAAAACGAAUCGGGUGAUAGAGUCCUUUUUGUAUUCAAUCUAACGGUUGAUACCAAGGAAGAGGACAUUACUCGAGAGUUUGAAAAGUAUGGCAAAGUCGAAAAAGUAUCCAUAGUGAUGGAUCGAAAGAGACUCAUCAACAGAGGUUUCUGCUUUGUAACAAUGUCAACAAGUGAAGAAGCCAAUCGAGCACUUGAAGCCAAAGUUGUGGUGAAAGGACAACAGCUGACCGUCGAAAAAGCCGCAAGGGCUGAAGGUCAUAACUCCACUCCUGGUCAAGGAUAUCAAGGCAAGAGAACACCAAGAGAACGUCUCAUGCCAAAAUCCAUGCGCCAUGGAGACAAGGACCAUUCAAGGUCGAGAGGAGGAAGAGACGGUCGAAGAGGUGGAAAGAGUUCAUCCUAUAGAGACAAUAGUGGAAGUAGUAGUCGGGAUAGAAGUUCUCGAGGGAGUGGCGGCGGUCGAGGACGAAAUAAUGCACUUCCUGGAUAUCCACCCCAUCAUCUUCCUCCACAUACAGCAGGUCAACCUCCGUAUGGAUACUAUGAUUAUUACUAUGGAUAUCCAUAUGCAUUGCCACCAGGAGGUAUUUCUCCAUCGAUCGAUGAACAACAUGCAUCAGCAGGAAGCAUUCCACCUAGAAGUACGGCAGGUAACGGUAAGGACCCAUCGAGACAAAUGCCACCUGGCCUUAGCACUCCUCCUCCAACAACAGGUUUUUCUCAACCACCACCUUAUGGUACUGGAGCUUAUCCACCAGGAGGUUAUCCUCCAUAUUCUGGAUAUCCACCUUAUGGAGGUUAUCCUUACAGCUAUUAUCCACCUUAUGGAUAUGACUACUAUGGAAUGCCAGGUAGAGAAGAUCAUGAAGGAGGUAAUAAUGCCUCACCUCCACAACAUCAUCCAGGUGGUGCUUCAUCUAGGAGCGUUGGUGGCUCUGCUGGCAAUAACAGACCUUCACCGCAACGUGGUGGCCCAGGUAGAUUUUAUCCUUCGUCAAAUUACAGAUAUCAUCCAUAUCCUUCUGUUUCUGAGGGUGUUGCCUCUGGAUCGUCACAUCACAGUGCAGGAGGUUCAGACUAUGGAGAUUCGCCUUACAAUGCUGGUGUCUAUGGAGGAGGUUAUCCCAUUGAGAAAUAA